AUAUGCGUUGGAUCAACACUCUCCUCCAGGACGCCGCAAUUCUCCUUCCGUGCAUUCCUUCUUCCGACAUCAUCCUUGUCAAUUCUAUUACACCUUGAAAUCUUCCGAAGAUGUCGGCCCAACUACCCUCAACCACGGAAAGCUUCCCGACAUCACAUGAGAAGAUCACCAAGGUAGUCGACACACUACAAUUCUUGGAUAACAAGUUCGUGGCGUCGGAAACUUCAGAGUUUAUUGAACUUCACGAUCCGGCUACGAACAACCUCGUGACGCGAGUUCCCUGCAGCACUGAUGCAGAGCUACAAGCCAGCGUGCAGUCUGCACUACGAGCUUUCCCGAAAUGGCGGGCUACCAGCGUCAUGGCGAAGCAGCAAAUCAUGUUCAAAUUCGUCGCCUUAAUCCGCCAGAACAUGGAUAGGCUUGCUGCAGUCAUCACUUUAGAAGGCGGCAAAACCCUUGCGGAUGCCAAAGGUGAUGUACUACGUGGUCUCCAGGUUGCUGAGGCUACAUGCGCUGCCCCGGAACUCCUCAAAGGCGAGGUUCUCGAGGUCGCUAAGGAUAUGGAGACAAGGACGUAUCGAGAACCUCUGGGUGUGGUUGCUGCGAUUUGUCCUUUCAACUUCCCGUCCAUGAUCCCGCUAUGGACUCUUCCAGUUGCCACCAUUACUGGGAAUACUCUGAUCAUCAAGCCUUCCGAAAGGGUUCCUGGCGCGGCGAUGGUUCUUGCGGAGCUAUCGCGCGCAGCGGGCUUCCCAGACGGGGUUAUCAACGUAAUACACGGCUCACGAAGAGCAGUCAACUUCAUCCUGCACGAGCCAGCAAUCAAGGCCAUCAGCUUCGUCGGCAGCAACCAAGCUGGCGAAUACGUCUACACGACCGGGUCUGCCAACGGCAAGCGUGUCAUGGCAAACUUAGGUGCAAAGAAUCACGCCGUUGUGCUUCCGGACAGUGGCAAAGACCACUUCCUAAAGAGCGUAAUAGGGGCCGCCUUCGGUGCUUCGGGGCAGCGAUGCAUGGCGCUUAGUGCAUUGAUCUUGGUUGGAAAGGCCAAAGAGUGGUUACCUGAGCUCGUCGAGCGUGCUAAGGAACUCCAGACCAACGGCGGCUUCGAACCAGGCGCGGAUCUGGGGCCCGUGAUCUCACCACAAAGCAAGGAGCGGAUUGAAUCUCUCAUAGAGUCGGCGAAGCAAGAAGGUGCCAACAUUCUCCUCGACGGCCGCGGAUAUGCACCCGAUAAAUAUCCAAACGGCAACUGGGUCGCGCCGACCAUUAUUGACAACGUGACCCGCAGCAUGCGCUGUUAUCGCGAGGAGAUAUUUGGGCCUGUGCUCGUAUGCAUGAGUGCAGAAACGCUCGACGAGGCAAUUGAUGUCAUCAACGCGAACGACUACGGAAACGGCGCCGUCAUAUUCACCCAAUCCGGCUCCGCUGCGGAAAGCUUCCGUCGGCGGAUCGAAGCUGGCCAGGUUGGGAUCAACGUCCCACUGCCUGUGCCGCUUCCCAUGUUCUCCUUUACCGGGAAUAAGAAGAGCAUCGCCGGCGGCGGUGCUAAUACCUUCUACGGUCGCCCGGGGAUUAAUUUCUUUUCCCAGUUGCAGACGGUCACGGCGAGGUGGUCGCGGGAUGAUGUUCCCACGCAGCAGGAAAUGUCCAUGCCAAUUCUGAACUAAGAUCUCUAUGGCAGGUAUGUGUGUAUUUGUCAGAUUUAUGGAUAGCAUUUAGACUACGUAAGUCAUGGCAGUUUGCAUGGGUAUCGUCACAGUCAGAUUUUAGCUUCAUGUCGCCCCUUGGAAAUGGAGUCAAGAACCACAUGGCCAUUGAAU